UAUCUCCACUGCGCUAUCUGAGAUAACUGAAAAGUGAAGUAAAAAGCUAUCCAAACCGAUACCAGCUAAGUAUUCGUACUCGCGAUGGUUUCGCAGCAAAUGGUAUACGCGGCGGCGGUGCCCGUGGGUGUGGUAUUGGCUAUUGGACUGAUACGUAAAUGGAGGUCCAGAAAAUGGGGGAAGUGCUUAAGUAACACUUGUUUGAGGGGUAAAACGUUUCUAAUUACGGGUGCGAACAGCGGGAUAGGGUUCGAGACGGCCAAGGCGCUGGUGAGGCGGAAGGCUAGGGUGAUCUUCGCGUGCAGGGAUAUCGCGAAGGCCAAAGAGGCGAUCACACAAAUAAGGAAAGCGCAGCCGACCGGCGGCGAACUGAUCCCCAUGCAGUUGGAUCUUGCAUCCUUUGAAUCCAUCGAGAACUUCGUAGAAGUAGUGAAAGCCGGCUUCUACAAGAUUGACGUGUUGAUCAACAAUGCAGGGGUUGCGACUCCGUUGAACCUCGGUCUGAAGACUAAGGAGGGCUUCGAGAUUAACAUUGGUGUUAACCAUGUCGGGCACUUCUAUCUUACUAAUCUGCUGUUAGAUCACCUGAAACGGGCUGCUCCAAGCAGAAUCGUGAUCGUGUCUUCCACGCUACACGAGAAAGGGAAUAUCAACUUUAAUGACUUGAACUUAAAGCAGGAAUCUGAAUUGGCUGUCCAGGGCAAGUUGAAAGGCCGCCACAACCCUGGCUACUGCAACUCCAAGCUGAUGAACGCGUACUUCGGCCGCGCCCUGGCUGACAAGCUCAAGGAUUCAGGAGUUGACGUGCACACCGUGUGCCCAGGGUUCUGCUAUACUAAUCUGUUCAGAGAUUCACUGAGAUGGUAUCACUUCAUUGUGAUGGCGCCUAUCGCUUUACUGUUCAUGAGGUCAUCCCAGCAGGGUUCAGAGACGGUCGUAUUCUGCGCAACCGACUACAGCAUAGAGGGAAAAACCGGCAAGUUCUACCGCGACUGCGUCGAAUACACCUCCAAAUAUCCCUUCGACAAGGACGUCGAGACCAAGCUGUGGCAGGCCACCGAGGACAUGGUCAAGGCCAGGAGGCCCUUGUGAGACCAAACACCCUCGCGGCCAAACACCCAACCAAUCACGGAGUCGCACACCCCCACCACUCAGACCGCCCAACGCCCGCAAGACUUAAACAUUCGACCGCCGCCCCCCGUCAAACUUAAGCGUCAAGAGAAGCCUAAAGAGACCCGCAAGCCCGAGAGGCCUAAGCCGUGGCAGGAGAAGAAGACCGAGUCGCGGCAGCGGCAGGAGCGGAAGACUCAAGCCGGACCGAGUCGGCCGAAACGGCAGGCGCCGGGUCAGUCCACGUCGAAGAAAAACUAAAGUAAUGAGGUAAACUCUCAUGUACGAUUCCCACCGACCGGCUGGAAACGGGCCGCGUAGGAGCGCAUUUUCACGUGCCUCUCUCUUUGGUCGGUCCCUCAUGUCUGAGGAUCGUGGUCAGUAUCAGGGUUGCAUCUGGAGCGGAUGAUCUGUCUCCACCGGUUUCUGUCCAACGCGUCUCUGACGACCGUGUAGAAAGCACGUGCCUAUACAUUAUUUAUUUAUUUAACCUUUAUUGCACAGAAGAAAACCUUACAGUAGAAAAGGCGGACUGGAUGCCAUAAGGCAUUCUCUACCAGUCAACCUUUAGGUAAAUCAGAGAGGUUGUGCAGUGACAUUAUGUAUGGCAGAAGCGAUGUGAAAUGCGCGCCGACUCCGCCCGUUCUUUGGAAACCGUACAUUAUGUAAUCCUUUCGAAUAAUAACAUAAAUAAUACGAAAGAUCUGUGACGAAAGAAUUAUGGUUGUGUUGGCAAAUUGUGAGGCAUAAUUUUGAAAAAUACCUAUAAUACUUUUUGUUGAUCGAACUGAAACAUCGUGUUUAAAAUCCAAAAACAAAACCAAAGAUAUUAAGUAGAGAUGUGUCAAAAUGAACCUAUUAUUUAUCUAUUUGGAAAUUUAAAAAGAUAUCCCAAUACCGCUUUUGUUAUGAUCUAUUGGUGUUAUUUUUGGAGAUUACCGUCUCUGAAGUAGCAAUGCUAAGCUGGAAGAAAUUGUUACAAUGACCCGCUAUUUCCUAUCUCUAUUGCACGCGUAUAAUUAUAUUACUGUCCCGCUCGCACAGCGGCAAUGAACGCCGGUAUCAUGGCGGGACAGUAUUAAUAAUAUACCUAAUAGGGUAAUUGGGCGCGUGCGACAGAGAUGGAAAAUAGCGGGUCCUAUUUUUAUUAAUAUCACCUUCUAUAAGAUUCCGUGUUGGUGUCAUGGUGUAAAACCCUUAGUGAAUCUGUUUAGUCAUUUAGGAAACAUUUAGCACAAUACCUAUUGCAUGUCUAGUGUUAGACCAAGAAAAGUAUGCAGCGAUUUUGAUAGCCCACGCAGUACAACUGAUUUUAUACGUCAUUAUUUCAUAGAAGUUUGACGUUUAAAAUAACACUUGCACUGCGUGGGCUAUAUAAAUCGCUGCAGAGUUUUCUUGGUCUAAUUUUAUAUCCCUGUUAAUUGAUGUUCGGUAGCGUCAAAUAUUGAACAUGAAAAAUAGUUCGAGUAUCUGCAGAAAUCCUAACCUUAGGAAUAAUAGAAUAGUCUUUAAGAAAAAUAAACGAUUUAAGAUGAUUAUCGAUCAGGGCCUAUGAAAUUAUUCCACCCUGUAUUACUAUCAUCAGAUACUUAGCGCAUUGAGAUAUUUUUAAAGACAUACAUGAAAUUAAUAUAAUAUUCACCCAUAUGGUGUAAAAUGAAAUGAAUCAUAUAAGUAUGUGUGGGCAAAUUGUAACCUCUAGCCGCCCAUACGUCAAACCUUGCCAAGCAAAAUUAAAUUUUAUUUUGUCAACACAAAGUUCAAAUUAAAAUGGAACAAGAGACCUUUUUAUUGGUCUCUGGGCAGCUAGAGGAUAAAGCGAAGGCGAAAAGGGUAGAAAAAUUGAUGAAUUUAUAUCCUACUUCGAAUUGGCGUAUAUAUUAUUUUCUUUAAGCUUAUGAAUCUUAUGAUGGACAAGUGAAAAUUGAAAUAGUUUGUAUCAUAUUUGAUACAUGCUCAUUUCUUAUAGUAUCACUUAGGUAACAUUUCACAACGAAUAUUGCGCUAGGUAACUUAGCAAAAUUAUUAAAAAAAAUUGAAAUUAAUGCAAAAAGAGACAAAAUUAACCUUGUAAGUUCCCGCGUACUUGUACAAGUACAAUUUUCAUCGACUUUUGAACUCUUAUAGAAAUAAAAGACCCAAAAACAAAUAACUGCUCCUGGUCUUAUUUUGAGCGAAUAUUGCGCUAGGUAACUUAGCAAAAUUAUUAAAAAAAAUUGAAAUUAAUGCAAAAAGAGACAAAAUUAACCUUGUAAGUUCCCGCGUACUUGUACAAGUACAAUUUUCAUCGACUUUUGAACUCUUAUAGAAAUAAAAGACCCAAAAACAAAUAACUGCUCCUGGUCUUAUUUUGAGGUUAAGCCAUAUUUGUGUCAUUUUCAACCAAAAGGCUACCUGUUUAUUAUCGGUUGUCAAUAAGUCGCUAUUUCCAUAUAUGUAACUUCAAUUUGAAAUCAACCUUAUUGACAACCGACCAUGGUACCUUUGGUCGAAAACGUCACAAUUUUGUAAUAAAUAUAUCUUCAUAUCUUUAUAUUUAGUGCCAUUCUUCUUAUUCCAUUAGCUUAGUGGGAACAUAAUAUCAUCUGAUCAUAAUAUAAUGCCAUAAUUACACAAGUGUGUACUUUCUGUUGUUACUUUAAUAUAAUGUUGAUGGUAGCUGGUGUCAAAUGUUACAUUUAAGGAUAUGUUGAUGUUAGUUAAAUAAUUACUAUAUAAAAUAGAAAAUGAACUAAUACGUACGAUGUUGAAUAAUUUUUUGAUAGAGCGUUCUACAGUAUAGUAGGUAGCAUCCAAAGUAUUCAAAUAGUUCGGUACGUCAUACAAAUUAUAUGGUGUACCUACCCAACUAUUUGAAUGCUGGAUGCUGCCUACUAUAUGACGCUGACUGUACAGCGCCUUACAAUGUGUAAAGAAGAGACGAUUCCCACAUAGAGCUGUGUACUCGCGAGAACGCAACUCAUGCUAGCAAGGUUAACACAUUCAACACCAAGAACCCGACUGUCGGGUACACUGUUCGUAGCGACUACGCGCUACAUACGGCGAAACCGUGGCUACGCGCUACGAGCGUAACCCGUAGCACUUAGUGGUAAUGAAUGUGUUAACUGACUCACGCGACUUCAUGCCAAUAGUAUCAACCUUCGUGCAUUGUAACAAGGUCCACUAUGGCACACCGCGCACGAUAGGCGCCACGUUCAAAGGGUCAAUUGCUGUUUAUUAAAACACAGAUUGUUUUGUUGACACUUUUUAAUAAUUUGAAUGUGCCUAAUAAAGCAAAAGUAAUUUGCGAAAACGAAACAAUGUAAGUUUAUACGAGUAAGUGUAGCUGUGGUUUAAGUGUGGCUACGUGUGUUUAGCUCAAUAAGGCAAUCAAUGUGUAAUCAGUGGCGGAUUUGCCCUAAGGCCCAGUAGGCCCAGGCCUAGGGCGGCAAGAUAUUUAGGGGCGGCAAAUUAUGACAAAAAAUUCGCUGAUGGUAACAUGAAAUAACUAAAAAUGUAGUCAAUAUGAUGGGUGCUGACACUGCUGAAAAAAGGGCGACUACAGGGCCUGGGGCCUAGGGCGGCAAAGACUGCAAAUCCGCCACUGUGUGUAAUGGCUCGUCCACACUAUGGCCCAGCGAGAUGGCCAUGCGAUGGUUGAGAGCACGCACUAUGGUACCUAUGGGCCACGUGUAGAAGCAUCAUCGCUGGCACACUACCUUUGGACGGAUGAAAAAUCGACACCGUGGCCAUCCCAUCGCCUUUCCGCCGCGCCAUUAGCCGUCCGACACCACUACCCUCUCUACACGCUGGCCGAUCUUAGUGGGCCAGUAUGACAGUAUGAAUGUGAAGCCUACCCACACUUAUCCGUAUAUGCCACACUUACCCGUAUCGUAUUGAACUUAUCUUGUAAGUUGCCCAGGAAAUAAUUAAAAUACCAAAAUUGUUAGACCAAGAAAAGUCUACAAAGAUUUUGAUAGCCCACGCAGUCCAAGUGUUAUUUUAAACGUCAAAAUUCUAAGAAAUUAUGACGUAUAAAUAACACUUGCACUGCGCGGGCUAUCAAAAACUCCGCAGACUUUCCUUGGUCUAACUCUAUAUUAUAGGAUAAGGAAAGCUGGGGUAUACCAUAUCGCAUCGUGCUACUUAUGGAUACAUUAGUAAUAGUAGAUGUUGUUAUAGUAGAAUGUGUCGUUGUCAUGAUAAAGGGACUACAGCAGCUAGCACUUUACAUGUUUUUAUAAAUGGUAUGUUUGAGGAAACUAAGGCCUCUUUUCCUGGGAACGACACAAGUAUAUGUUAGGGCCAUUUGCACCAAUCCAGCGUUAGCCACUAACUCGGAUAACCGCUAAUCCAGGGUUAAAUUAUACUGGUAACUCCGGGUAUAAUCGGUUAACCCCGAGUUAGUGGCUAACCCUGGAAGGCGCAAAUAGCGCUUAGAUACCUAAAUGUUAGUUAUAGAAUGAGAUCAAUUGAAAUGUAUGUAACUAAUGUCUCGAUCCCAUCGGUGCGAGCCGAAGGCAUCAUUGUAAGCCUAGUUAUUUAUUAAAAAAAGUUUGGGUCUAA